AGACAUCACGGGUCUGUGUGUAGUGGCGGCCCGGCUGUCCUCAGCUGCAUCGCCUGGCGAGGGUGGCGCGGCGUUCCCGGGUCGCACGACCGGCGACAGAGACGACCCACAGUGGACGAUCCGGCGGCAGAGUCGCUGCUUCCGCUUCGCUGCUUCUCCGGUCACCGGCGACGCGGGCCCGGGGCUUCCUCCUCAUCGGCCCAGCGUACUCCGCGGGCCCCGGGGCUGCAGCUACCCAGAAGCGGCGAAGAGGCCCCGGGCUGCAAGCCCGCUGUCCCAUGUGAGGCAGGUUGGGCCUGGUCCCCGGUCCGUGCCCGGCUUCUGCUGCGGCCCUUCAGGCCUCGGGGACCCCGCGAGGCGCUGCUCCUGGGGGGCGCGGUGACAGGCCGUGCGGAGGCGGAGAGGCCAGCUCGGUGGCCUCCUCUCGGCCCUCGGCUCGGCGAUCCCCGUCCAGCGGCCGGGCAAUAAAGAAUGUUGAUGGGAGAACCAUUUUCCUAAUUUUCAAAUUAUUGAGCUGGUCGCCAUAAUGGAUGAUCAGCAAGCUUUGAAUUCAAUCAUGCAAGAUUUGGCUGUCCUUCAUAAGGCCAGUCGGCCAGCAUUAUCUUUACAAGAAACCAGAAAAACAAAACCUUCAUCACCAAAAAAACAGAAUGAUGUCCGAGUCAAAUUUGAACAUAGAGGAGAAAAAAGAAUCCUGCAGGUUACUAGACCAGUUAAACUAGAAGAUCUGAGGUCUAAGUCUAAAAUUGCCUUUGGGCAGUCUAUGGAUCUACACUAUACCAACAACGAGUUGGUAAUUCCAUUAACUACCCAAGAUGACUUGGACAAAGCUGUGGAACUGCUGGAUCGUAGCGUUCACAUGAAGAGUCUCAAGAUAUUACUUGUAAUAAAUGGGAGUACACAGGCUACUAAUUUAGAAGCAUCAUCAUCACCAGAAGAUUUGAGUAAUACACCACUUGGUGCAGAGAGGAAAAAGCGGCUAUCUGUAGUAGGUCCCCCUAAUAGGGAUAGAAGUUCCCCUCCUCCGGGAUACAUUCCAGACGAACUACACCAGAUUGCCCGGAAUGGGUCAUUCACAAGCAUCAACAGUGAAGGAGAGUUCAUUCCAGAGAGCAUGGACCAAAUGCUGGAUCCAUUGUCUUUAAGCAGCCCUGAAAAUUCUGGCUCAGGAAGCUGUCCAUCACUUGAUAGUCCUUUGGAUGGAGAAAGCUACCCCAAAUCUCGGAUGCCUAGGGCACAGAGCUACCCAGAUAAUCAUCAGGAGUUUUCAGACUAUGAUAACCCCAUUUUUGAGAAAUUUGGGAAAGGAGGAACAUAUCCAAGAAGGUAUCACGUUUCAUACCAUCAUCAAGAGUAUAAUGACGGUCGGAAGACUUUUCCAAGAGCUAGAAGGACCCAGGGUACUAGUUUCCGGUCUCCUGUGAGUUUCAGUCCUACUGAUCACUCCUUAAGCACUAGUAGUGGAAGCAGUAUCUUUACCCCAGAGUAUGACGACAGUCGAAUAAGAAGACGGGGGAGUGACAUAGACAAUCCUACUUUGACUGUCACAGAUAUCAGUCCACCUAGCCGUUCACCUCGAGCUCCAACCAACUGGAGAUUGGGCAAACUGCUUGGCCAAGGAGCUUUUGGUAGGGUCUACCUCUGUUAUGAUGUUGAUACCGGAAGAGAACUGGCUGUUAAACAAGUUCAGUUUAACCCUGACAGCCCAGAGACCAGCAAGGAAGUAAAUGCACUUGAGUGUGAAAUUCAGUUGUUGAAAAACUUGUUGCAUGAGCGAAUUGUUCAGUAUUAUGGCUGUCUGAGGGAUCCUCAGGAGAAAACACUUUCCAUCUUUAUGGAGUAUAUGCCAGGGGGUUCAAUUAAGGACCAACUAAAAGCAUAUGGAGCUCUUACUGAGAAUGUGACAAGGAAAUAUACCCGUCAGAUUCUGGAGGGGGUCCAUUAUUUGCAUAGUAAUAUGAUUGUCCAUAGAGAUAUCAAAGGAGCAAAUAUCUUACGGGAUUCCACAGGCAAUAUCAAAUUAGGAGACUUUGGGGCUAGCAAACGGCUUCAGACCAUCUGUCUGUCAGGUACAGGAAUGAAGUCCGUCACAGGCACACCAUACUGGAUGAGUCCUGAGGUCAUUAGUGGAGAAGGCUAUGGAAGAAAAGCAGAUAUCUGGAGUGUAGCAUGUACUGUGGUAGAAAUGCUAACUGAAAAGCCACCUUGGGCUGAAUUUGAAGCAAUGGCUGCCAUCUUUAAGAUCGCCACUCAGCCAACAAACCCAAAGCUGCCACCUCAUGUCUCAGACUAUACUCGGGACUUCCUCAAACGGAUUUUUGUCGAGGCCAAACUGCGCCCUUCAGCUGAGGAGCUCUUACGGCACAUGUUUGUGCAUUAUCACUAGCAGCCAGUGGCUCUGGUCUUCCACCAGCUCCAUCUUCACGGUCACCGUCUCUCUUACUGCACUUUCCUUUUUUUAUAAAAAAGAGAGAUGGGGAGAAAAAGACAAGAGGGAAAAUAUUUCUCUUGAUUCUUGGUUAAAUUUGUUUAAUAAUAAUAGUAAACUAAA